AUGAGCGACACAACUAACAAGAAUGCAAAUAAUGUUAGGGCGUUCGCUGCAUGUGUAUCCGACGCGCCGCUCUUCUGGUCGGCGGGACCGGUGAGAAAUCAGCAAACCACCACAGUCCUUGCAAGAAGAGAUGUGGUGAAGAUUGCUGGCCAGAAUGUCCACACAUUUCGCGAGGAAGGAACGCAGUCUCUCACCGUCACGACUCUGUAUAAGUAUUUGUGUCACCUGUCUUUCAGAGGGGUCCGCCUCCCGAUUAGCGGGCAUAGAAUAAUGAAAGUGCCAGAGUCUGACUGCGCCUACCACCUUUACCAUAGUGGAGUGGAGGAUAACAGCAGGCUGUAUGGAGUGGCGAUUGCUCUCAGUCCAUUAGCACGGGCAGCACUGCUCGCUUGGGAACCAGUCUCCCACAGGCUGGCCAUGGUCCGUCUCAAAGGCGCUGUUAUAAACGUCACCGUCAUCACCGUCUACGCGCCGACACUGAAUGCAGCGGAGAAGGACAAGAACAUAAUCUACUGCGUCCUCCAAGCAGUUGUAGAUCGUACCCCUUCCACUGUUCUUCUAGUGGUGGUAUGGGAUUGGAACGCUCGCACAGGACCGGCGAAUAAAGACACCAGACAUGUUCUAGGUCGAUUCGGCCUCGGAACACUGUGUGACAAUGGCGACCGGCUAGUCAACUUUGCAGUCGCUAAUCGUAUUGUGGUGUCUAACACUUGCUGCACGGGAUGUGGGUAUGACCAUCAAUGCCUCGAAGACCAAAGUUAUGCCGUCAAUGGUUGA